GAUUACGUUUAUACGCAGAACAUUGAACGCAACAUCAGUUCCUGGUCAAACGAUACACCGUCAGUAAGAUCCAGAUGCUUUUAAAUCUGAAUUCCUGAGUGGGAAUGCGCUCAACCCUUUGCUAGGACCCCGUUUCCUGACCCACGGUGCUGUAGGAGCUUCCCAGAGAUGACAGAGGAACACCUGGACGCGGCUCGACGACUCAGAAAUUCAGCGGGCUCUUCGAGCGAGUAAGCAACAUGGACAACUCUGUCACCCUGUGGCAGUUCCUGCUCCAGCUCCUGUUGGACUCCAGCAACGAGCAGCUCAUCUGCUGGACCAAUGAGGAAGGAGAGUUUAAGCUGCUGCAGGCCGAGGAGGUGGCCCGACUUUGGGGAGCCCGCAAGAACAAGCCCAACAUGAACUACGACAAGCUCAGCAGGGCGCUGAGGUACUACUAUGACAAGAACAUCAUAAAGAAGGUGAACGGCCAGAAGUUCGUCUACCGCUUUGUGUCCUACCCUGACAUCCUGAAAGGAGACGCUGCUGCCCGGAUGGACGGGGGGGACGACGGAGCGGGCGGAGUCCUCCCUGCCGCCGCUAAGAGGCUGGACAGCGUUCUGCUGGAGGCGGAGUCUGCCGACCGCUCCAAGGUGGGGUCGGGUCCAGCCGCUCUGGGCUCCAGCACCAAGCAGUCCAACAGAAACGACUACAUCCACUCCGGCCUCUACACUUCGUUUCAUCUCAACUCCCUGCCCAACGGCCGGCAGCUCUUCAAGUCCAUCAAGGUGGAGAACCCUGCAGAGAAGCUGGCUGAGCGGAGGGCUGCCUCCCAACUGAGCCAGGAGACCCCGUCUCUGCUGCAGGUGCCUCCAGCAGCCGCUCUGCCGUCAGUCAUCAAGUUCGGAAACAGCCCGCCAAAGCCGCUGUCCGCGCCGCCUCCUCCGGUCGCCAUGGAGACCACCCUGAGUGGCUUGGACUCGCUGCAGGCUCCGCCUCAGAGGGCCGAACUCAUCAACACACACUCCUCCCUGCAGCCUCAGUCCGUCUACUCACUGGAGCACAGCCGGCAGUCAGAACCCGGCCUGGGCCUACCGGACCUGGGCGCGGCACCGGAGGCCGCUCAGGAGGGAAACAUGACCAGCAGUGACGGCGAGUCGGGGGGCUCUGGGUCCACUGAACCGGCUGCUCUGGAGACACCAGAGACCCAGCAAAACGACAAGCAGGUGGAUGGCAGCAUCAGCGUAUGUAUAGACGAGCCCAGCCUGGUGGACACUGAGACCAGUUCGUCCUCGGUGAACAGCAACACUGCGGGAAGCGCUCAGGCUCUGGGAAAAACCCGUAAAACGCCAAAGGUCCUGCAGCUCAGUCCGCCCGCUCUGCUCGUCACCACGUCCGAGUUCUCCCCCAUGAACCUGUGCAGCCCCUCGCUGCCCACUGCCUCACUCACACCAGCAAUGCUCCAGACUCCAACCCUCCUGCUGACUCCCAGUCCUCUGCUGUCCAACAUCCACUUCUGGAGCACGCUCAGUCCCGUCGCUCCCCUCAGCCCAGCCACCAGACGUCAGGGAGCCCACCUGUUCCAGUUCCCGUCGGUCCUGAACUCCCAGUUUCAGAUCCCAGUCCAGAGCCUGGAUGGGACCAACACACCCGGACCCAUUUCCCCAGACCCCCAGAAAACGUAGACACGGCCCAGACCCAUGUGUGGAGGGCGGAUGAGGGCGAAGCGUUCACUUGGUCUUGUGGCAUUCACGCCCUCAGGACCCUUUUCUGUUCGCCAUCCUGAUGCAUUCAUUUUGUCUGGCUUAUUUUGGGAUCACAGCAGAUGAAAAGGAGAGAGGGAUUUCCAUGGUAACUGCACCGGACACAAUCUGCUUCACACCUAAUGGGAUUCCAGCUGUGGCUUUGCUGCCAGAUCGGUUCUUCUGACCUGAGUCAACUCUGGUCGUUUGUUGCUCCAACCUGAUCAUACGCCUGCCUCAGCUGCUCACUACCUGACCCACACCACCUCCACCCUUCUGUCUUACUCUGACUUGUCGCCAUAAUCCAACCUGAACCUUAAGUUAUGUUUCUCCAGUGCUUUGCAGAUGUUCUAACACUCCUUUCACACUUUUUCUGUGAUACAAUCCCAACAUUCAGUGUGUUUCAUUUGGAUUUUAUCUCAGAGAGUGGAAGGAGUGUGAAUACUUAGGCAAGCCACUGUGUGUGUUUGUUUUAAUGAAACUUAUGUGGACACCCUGACAGCCAUGUUGACCUGUUCUGCCUUCUUUAGGGAAGAAAGAAAAGCCAUACAGCAUUUUUGGCCACAGGAGGCACCCAUCCAGCCGUAGUUCUCUCUGUCAUGGAUCACUAGUGUCAUCGGCUUGUUGGGGCGGGAAACCAGAGAACGGAAACAGAGGGAAGCGGCUCAUUUGUUAGUGAGUGAGCUUUUUUUUAUCACCACCAGCUGGUCUUUAAAAUAUUGUUUAGAAAUGAGAAAGGGGGAAAAAACACGUCAGGGCAACUGUUUGCAAGGAUAAGAUGGAUGCAGAGAUUCCUGUGGUUGAAAUGUCUCCCUAUAAUUUUGUAAAAAAAUUAAUACCAUAAAAACUCUUUUUGAUGCUCGCCAUUUGUGGAAAUUCUGAGCAGUUGUUUGUUGCAUCUUUAUAGAUCCAGUUAAGAACCUUAGAAGCAUUUCGUUUAAAUUCAAAUUAAAAACAUAUUUUGUUGAAUCUCCAGUAGCAGUCAGACCUGUAACAAAUCUAGAAAAUCUUCUGACUAAAGAUAGUUGUUGCAUGGCAGUCUUAUGACUGUAAUGACAUGCUAACAGCUAAAUAUCCAGGGACAAAGACAAUAUUUUUUGUCCCUGGAUAAAGGAUAUCCAGGGACAUGUCCUGGAUGACAUCAUCAGUAGUUACCAAACACUGCUAAUCCACCUCAUUUGCUUUGGCCGCUCCCCUUUAACUCUCUGCCUGUCUGUAUGGUUACCAAACCGAGCAGAGAGGGUUUGAACUUCCUGUUCCUCUCUCUGCUCUGCAUCAUGAAGCCUCCUCUUCAACUGCUCUUGGAAUUAUUGUAGCUUUUACGAUGCUAAUCAGUUGCUCCGAGUUGGAAAAACAAUACGUCGUUGCCAUGGCUAUGCAUUCAAGCUGUCCACAAGUAAAAUAAAGCAAGCGUAAUUUAACAAUAAUGCAACACCUCAACCAAAAGGAUUAACAAAAGUGUAGAAGAAGAAAUGAGAGCUAGCGUAGCUCCUGCUGCCACCACCAGUGGCACUGUUCUAGAAUUAGUUUGAGUCCAGUUCAGCACUGGACAUCCCUACAUACAUGUGGUAUUUAGUACGUGGUUAUUGCUUCAGUAUCUGUUUACUGACAUGCAUAUUUGUACAACUCCAGGUUCAUUCAGUCUGUCCUGUAAACUUCUACGUUCUUGUCAGCAGAUGCUGCCGUCUUCCCCCUGUUUCCAGUUGAAAAAGCUCCAAACAAAACGGAUGGAAUUAUAGCCAAGACUGUUGAUGGCUCUUUUUUUUUUUCUUUUUUUAGCAAUACCUUUGCUUGCCCAACAGUCAGCCAAAACAUUGUGACCUCUUUCUGCCGCUGAGCUGGGAAUGCACCAAGAAGUCAGCCAGAAUCAGGUCAGGUCAAGACACUAGCAACAUCCUUCGGUGUGGAAGUUCUUACUGUGGGAAGCAAGAAAGGGUUAAAAGCGACUUAAAUGUAAAUGUAUCGUCAGCUGUUAGCUGACAAUAUUUUCAACAGAGAAUAGGAAAGCUAAACAUAUUACCGAAAAGUUGUUCCCUUAUAUAUUUUCCUAAGGUUUUAUUCUCCAAAUUUAAACAGCGAAUCAGAGAAAACAUUUUAUUUGCUGUUUUUUUAAUUAUUAUUUGAAUUGACUAAAAUGAAACAGAAAUGUCCAACAGCAGAGCAUCAUUUGUGUGGACGCCAGUUUGUAGCUUAAAGUUGCUUCUCAGCUUUAAUGCUUAAAAUCCAAGGUGACAAACUCGAGGCCCGUGGGCCGAAUGUGGCCCACUCUAUUUAUAUGGCCCCUCUAAUCUCAAGAUCUCCACAUAAAUCCAAUCAGAUUAUUUUUUAACUAUACAUUGUAAAAUUACAUCAAAGAUUAAAGUGAUUUAAGUUUAAGAAGUAAAGCGAUAAUAUAACAGUUCCUUAUUGGGUAAUUUUAUCAAUAAACUUAAUCAAAGAUGCAACUAUUAUUUUAGUUAUUGAUUAAUGUAUUGAUUAUUCUGAUUAUUAAUUAAACUUCCAUACAAUAUUAGAAAUGUAUAUAUAUAAAGAGCAUUUCUUUAGUAAAUGUUGGAUCAUUUGUAGCAAUAGAUGAAUCUGCAACUAAAAAUACUUUUAAUAAACAUGUAAAAAAAACAGGAGAUUCUGCUGGACUUGACAUCAACACACUGAAAAAGUGAAACAUUUGAUCCAAGUUAAAAAGAUGAACUUAAUCAAAUUAAGUUUACCUAAAUGCAUAUAUUAAUCUAAGUUAUGUUAUACACACGUGAAUAAAUUAAGUUUGACAAACUUAAUUUGAUUUCAUGUAACAAUUCUCCUUUUUUCAGUGUAGUUAAUAAAUGGGUAGCCAAGGUGCUAUUUUUAGCAGAGUCUGAACCAGGUGAAAUAAAAACGGCCACUUUAGGGUUUCUGGGUAAAACAUUUACAGUUCUUUUCUUUUAUCUUAAAUGCGAAUUGUAUAUAUAUUUUUUUGUACAGUUUUGACUUAAUUGCUGCUCUGACUCCAUAGUUCUUUCAGCAAACUCCUUUUUUUGGAUCCGUAUACUCGAGCUAACGAUUAAUCGAUUACUAAAUCAGCUUGCAGUUAUUUCAAUAACCAAUUCAUCCAAUUAAUCGGUAUUCAAGAUCUCGAUGCAACCAGAAAGAGUGACAGUGCUGCAUCACUCUCUCCUUCUGAUUGGCUGGUGAUGUUUCGGUUGUGAACAUUUCCCCGCUGCCUACCCAUCAGCCACCUGAUUCCCACUCCAUGCGUUUUACCCGACUUUAAAGCCAUAAGUCUGACGCAGACUCCAGAGGGACUCCCCGCCUCUCUAUGCUAUCUAACAUUGAAAGCGUGUGUGGCGCUUGUUUACACCGUACUUGGAUUAAAGAAAAAAACAACACAGAGGUGUGUUCUGUUUUUAACCAAAGUGUCGAACUCUAACCCAGGGACGGGUUAGACGGGUUGGUGCAGGACACUCAGAUGGAAACGGUGCCUUACAGCAGCCAAGCCCAAGGUCAGCCUCACUAAGCUCUCUCACACACGGAGCUCUUUUUAUCUGAUUUUAUUUUUAAUUUCAGAUGCCGUAUCUUACAUGUCGACCAAACCAGAGAAUUGGAGGAAACUCGGCAGCGGUGUAAUUCUGGAUGCAUUACUGUACAUACAGACAGCGACAUGAGCGCUCAGCAUGUAAAAUACCAGCUUCACGUCGGCGGCCAUGUUCCUUUUUAACCUGCCUCUAAAUGUUUGCUCAGAAAGUGUAUAGAUAAAUAUAUAUAUAUAGAAGGAGAAAAAAAGCCCUGUCUUUAACUCAUUGUAACCUCCAUUUAUUUUCCUGUAAUGCAAUAGAAUUUUCAGAAUAAUUUCUAUUUUUGUAAAUCAGUGUCUGCUUUUUAAUAUUCCUCUUUGUGCAUGUUUUUUUGUAUCCUUGUUUUAUUUUGUGUAAUUUUUGGGGAAUUAAUGUUUUUUUUUCCUUGUUUAGGAAUCAAAGCCUUAUUGGGAUAAAAUCAAAGUCUGUUUUGUAUGUUGACUGUUUUUUGAUAUCGUGUUGAUAUUGUACAUGCAGAUGUUGUGAUCAGACGUUUGCACUUAAGAGUCGGGGAUUCCUGUCAUAUUGGAUUCUGUCACUUUUCUAGGAUUUCCUUUGAUGACUAAAGAAAUGUAUUUUUCCCCGUAAAGGGAGGACUUCAUUAUGCACUUGUAUUUUAUAAGAACAAAAGGAGCUAAAUCUAAAGUUUUACAGUUUGUAUGGGAAAAAAAAGACUAAUUUGUAAUUAGGCACUUGCACAAAUAUUUAUAAAAAUGUCUACAACCCAUAGAACAGAUAUAUGGAAUAAGCAUUUUUGCUGUAAGUUUAAUAUUAAAAACUAUGAAAUGGCUAUAAAAUGAUCCCAAAGCUUUUUUUCUCUCCUCCAGUCGUCUUGGAGUUUAGUUUUUUCUUCAUAUCUGCCGUCUUGAUUCUUUUCCUUGAAAUGUAAAAAGUUGUUUUUAAAGAAUGACUGUUUUUGCUUUAUUUUGUCCAGUUCGAUGCUUAUUCAAAAUGUUUACAAGCUGCUUGUCUUGAGUGGCAUAUUGAUGUGCGAGAAGCCUGCAGGAAUUCUGUACAACAGACCAAUAAUAAAACAAAUGUCUAACUGACACCA